AUGAUACAUGAAAUAAUCUUAAGUUUGAUAGGGCAAACAGGAGAUAUAAUUAUUUUAGUGGAAAAAAAAAAGAAGAAAACAUUAAAUGAAAAUAAUGUAAAUAUUGAUGAAUAUGGUUUCGAAGUCAAUAAUAAUAUUCAUAUAUUUCUGAAUUCGGAAAUAAAGAUAAUUAAUGAGAUUGUAGAGUUAGGUUACUAUUUUUAUAUAAUAAAUAUAUUUUGCCUAUUAGUUAAAAAAAAUACCAUUUAUAAAAAUUUAACUCAUAUACACAAAUUUAAUAAAUUAAAUGGAGAAAAAAAAAAAAUUAGUGUUAUUAAUGAAAAUUUAGAAAGAGAUAACAAUACGUCAACUACUGUUAAUUCUUCUUCAUUUAGUUCGUCUUCUUAUGAAUCAUCUACCGAUGAAAAAACUGAAGAUGAUUAUAAUUUGAAUACAUCCUAUAAAAAAAACAGUGUUAAAGAUAGAAAUGAAAUAGAUAAUUAUUUUGGUGUUAUAUUAAAAAAAAUAAAAAGUUUAAAUAAUGUAAAUCCCUAUGGAUAUUAUGCAAAUGGAUUAUGCAAUGAAAUAAAUAAGUUUAUAAAAAAAUAUUUAAAAAAAAUUAGUGAAAUUGAGGAGUACAUAAAUAAUAAUAAUAAUACUCCAUUAACACAGAUAUUAACAAUGUUAGAAAAAAAAAGAGAAGAAAUAAUAAUAAUAAUAAAUAUCAUAAAAAAAUAUUUAGAGUUUCAGAAAAGAGAAGAACAAAAUGUAUCAGAAGGGGAAAGUAGAAAUAAAACAAAAGAAAUUAUGGAUUAUUUAUAUGAAAAUUGUUUAAGUGGGAAUUCAAGAACUAAAAGUAUUUACCACAAAUAUUUUAAAAAUCUAGGAAAAAUUUUAUUACAUCAAAUUUUUUCAUGGAUAUUGUACGGUCAAUUAAUAGACCCAUAUUAUGAAUUUUUUAUUCAAAAAAGACAAUUUAUUUAUUCUGAUGAUAAAAAAAUAUUUUUAUCACCAGAAGAAUUAUAUGAAAAUCUAACAUUAACAAAUGUACAAAGUUUAAAUUUUGAAUGGAACUAUUUAUUUUUUCAAUCAAUUUCUAAUCUUCCUGAAUGUUGUAUAGAUAAAAUUGUAGGGAGAAAAAUUCUCUUUAUAGGGAAAUCAGUACGUAUAUUAAUUAGAAGUAAUAAAUGGAAUACCAAUGAUAUAAUAAAAUUGUUUUCAAUUACAAAUAUAUUAUCAAAAGCUUUUAAUGAAAAACCUUAUAAGAGUUAUAAAAAUAGUUGGGACAAUGCAAAUUAUAACAUGUGCCAUGAAAAUCACACAAAUGAUCAAAAUACUUAUACUAGUGCUUUAUCUGUUUCUUGUUCAAGUAGCUCUAAUAGUUCAUAUGAUAAAUCAUCUGAAUCUGAAAAAGAUACUCUGAACUUAUACUGCAAAGAAAUAUUUGACAUUUCUAUUGAAAAAAUUAGAAGUAUAAUAGCUUAUAAAUUGUGGAAAUAUAUAGUUAAGGAUAUAAAUUUAAUUAAAAUAUUUGAUCUAUUUAAAGAUAUAUAUUUAUUAAACAAUGGAGAUUUUUAUGAUUAUUUUUUAGAAAAAUCUUGGUCAUUAAUGCAUACCCCUCCAAAUUCUAAAAAUGAAAUUCUGCUAAAAAUUUUAGCAUGGAAAAAUUCUUCUACAUUAGUAGAAGAUUACUGUAAAUCUAAAUAUGAAAAUAAAAAGGAUAAAUUAAAAUUAAACAGCUAUGAAAAUUCUCUUUUUACAGAGUAUAAUAAUAAUGAAAAUGAAUCUAACUUUUUUAGUGGUACAAAUGCAUAUAUGUUCAAUGCUGAUAAUUCUGAAAAUAUUAUUUCUAAAUAUUUUUAUCCUAGGAUAUCUCAUAAAAAAUUUUCCUAUGAUUCUUUUGAAAAAGAAAAAUACGAUAAUUUAAUAUUAGGUGGUAUGAGCUAUAUUUACGAUAAGAAGAUUGUUUUAAAUGACUUCUUUAAAGGAAUACAAACUUUGUUUAAGAAAAAAUAUUAUGAUUAUGAUAAUAUUUUUAGCGUAUGCAUUAACAACUACAGACAACAAAUAUUAAGAGGAUUCAAACACGGUUUUGAUUUUUCCGUUAAUUUUAAUAAUUUCUUUGAUAAUAAGUCAAUUUACAUAGAAAAAAAAGAAACUAGUACAAAUGAAAAUAUCAUAAAUAAUGAUACGAAAAAAUUAAAGGAAAAUGAUUUUCUUGUUGGUUCCUGUUUUGCUUUAGUUAUUCAUUCAGUAAGAAAUCCUUUACUAUAUAAAACAGAUAUAUUAGAUAGUUCUUUAGGAUAUUGGGGAUCUUUGGGAGAUUGCUUGUCUGUUGAAAUUAAAGUAAAAUUUUAUGAAAAAAAAGAUAAAAAAAAGCAUUUAACUGAAAACAGGGUAAAUGGCAGUAAUGAGAAUUCAGUUAACUUAAAUGAAGUAAUUUUAGGAGACGUGGAAAUAGAAGUUUCUCUAUAUAUAGGAGGAAAGGGAAUUUCUUCAUUUGUCCAUAACAACAAUACUUAUUCUGUUGACUACACAAAAGAAUCUAUUUUAAAUAAUAAAUUAUUAGAAGAUAACAUAAACAAAGAAAAUAAAAAAAAGUAUGAUGAUAUAGAGAAUGAAGAAAAUUAUAUAAAAAAAAAUAAAAAUAAUACAAAUAUAACAAAUGAAGAUAAUUUAUUAAAUGAAAAUAUGUGCUAUAAUGAUAAUAAAGCAACUAAAAUACCUGUAUUAAAAAUUCAGAGUAAUAAACAAAUUUUUCCUGAUAUUAAUAAAAAUACUUUAACUAAAUUCCGUGUGAGAAUAAACUGUCUAAAACACUCUUUUAGUGUAUAUAUACAAAAAUUAGAUGAAUAUAAUAUAAACUUAAAUAAUCAGAAAAAUAAGAUAAAACCUAUUAUUCAUAUUAGAGCAUUAGAUAUGACUCAAGCGUUUACCUUAGACAUUGGUAAUGCAUAUAUAGGAUUUUAUACAUGCCCAAUAUUAUUUAAACAUAAAUUGCUAAAAAAAAAAAAUAAAUUAAAUGAAUGGUUUAAGAAUUUUUAUGGUGAAACAUUAAAUGUUGAUUCUACUAUUUACAAAAAAAAUUUUUUUAAUGUAGAAAAUAAAGAAAGCAAAGAAAUCAUACAAAAAGAAAUAGAUAAUAUAAAUAAAAUUAUCUUAUAUAAUAACAAUAUUAAUGAAUUAGAUAAAAUAGAUUAUAAAAAAAAAAAAAAAAAACAGAAAUCAAAAAACUCACUAUUAUUUAGCUCUUAUGAUUGUUCAGUUGAAAUAUGUAAAUGGUUUCAUCAAUCUUAUAAAUCUCCUAUAGAAAUCCCUGAAAUUGAUAUAGAUAAUGAAACAUUAAUAUUUUAUGAUAAGCAAAUAAAUAAAAAUAUAAAAAUUCAUAGUGGUUUGAAUUUAUGGAAUAAUAUAGAAAUUUAUUUUAAACUUACUUGGCCGAUAGCUUUAAUUAUUAAUACUAAUACUAUAUAUACAUAUAAUUCUAUAUUUCAAUUUUUGUUUCUUUUAGGUAGAAUAUAUUAUAAUUUAAAAAUUUUGUGUUAUCACAAUAGGCGCUUAUAUAAAUAUUUAAAGUAUAAAAGAGGGGCUUUAUUAUUUUCUUUUUUAUUUUCUAUUAGAUAUAAAAUGCAAUUCUUCUUCUUUCAUUUAAUUAAAUAUUUACAAGAAGAUAUUAUUAAUCAUGAAUAUAGACUAAUGACUACUCAAAUUCAUAAAUCAAAAGAUUUUGAAUAUACAAAAUCAAUUCAUGAUUUAUAUAUUUCUCAAAUAGCGACAAAAUGUUUUUUGCGUGUUCAAAAUUUAACUACUCCAUUAAUUGAAUUAGUGGAUAUAUCUUUUAAAUUUUGUUACUUUUUCCAAUGUUUGAUAGAAAACGAGUUAUUUACUGAUAUUUUAAAUUAUGAAAUGAUUAAUGAAAAAGAUGAAGACAAAAAUUUCGAAGAAAAUAAUAAAAGUAAUGAAAACUAUGAUGAUAAAAAUGAAGAUUUAAAUCAGGUUAUUGACAAAUUAUUACAAUAUAAUGACACAUUUAAUGAAAAACUUAUUUGUGUUCUUAAUGAAAUGAUAAAUAUAAGUUCUAAUUCUAAUCAUGCUCACCUUGCUCAUUUACUAACCAUAUUAGAUUUCAAUAAUUAUGUAACUAAGAUCAAAGAAUCUCGAAUGAAAAAUAAAAGUGAAAAUAUAGAGAAAAAUGUACAAAUAGAUGAAGAUACUGUUGAAAACAAUAAAAACAUUCGUUUAAAUAAAAGUAAUGAUAAUAAAAUGGAAUAUGAAGAUAUGGAAAGUUUAAAAAUUAGUGAUAACUGUUACUUAGAUAAAAAAGAACUAUACUCUAACAACCUUUUAAAUGAUACAAGCAUUUCAAUAAAUGAUGUAUCACACAAUAUACAGAAGAUAAAUAUAGAUAGAAAUAAUGAUUUUAUAGAAAAAAGAAUAGUUAACAAUUUUAGUAAUUUAUUAUAUAAUAAUAUUUAUCAUAAUAAAAACAUACAACAAAAUGACAUAAAUCAAUAUAAUAAAAAUAAUAUAUCUACAAAAGCUGAUAAAAACCUCUUGAAUAGUAAUACAAAUAUAACAAAUAUAGAUUACAAUAAUAGUAAUAAUUUAAAUAAUAAUUAUUUAAUUGACAAAUACUCAAAUAUUUUGAAUAGUUAUAUGAAUAAUAGCAAUAAUAGUAAUUCAAUAUAUAAUUCAACAAGAAAUUGUGCAAAUAAUUAUAAUUUGAAUUCAUAUAAUUCUAUGUUAGACAUCGCCAAUUUAAAACAUACAAAUCAUAUUAAUGAUAUAUCUAAUACUAUACAUAAUGAUAUUAGCAAUUAUAACAUUCGUGAUUUUGAGUUAGGCUUAAAUAUUAAUAACAAAUUAAAUUAUGAAAGUAAUAUACCAAACAAUAUUGAUAUUAAUAGUAUUAAUCGGAACAUUGAUUUAAGUGACAACGAUAAUAGAUAUGAUCAAAUAUUAUUAAAUAAUAAAAGUAAAAUAGAUAGUACUGCAGCAUCUAACUUAAACAAUCUUAUUGAUUUAAAUGUUAAAAAUAAAUUCAAUGUGCAAAAUCUUAUAGAAAAUUAUAAUUAUAAGUAUGAUAACCCUUCUGAUAAUUACUCUUUUAAUAACUAUGAUUUGGAUAAAUAUAACAACACAUCUCAUUUAUAUAACACAAAUAAUCUAUCUAGUUACAGCAACAUACCAUUGAAUAUUUAUCAGAAUGAAAAUAAUGUAGAUCAAAUGGAUCAGAAAAAUAAAAAACAUUAG